AUGAAUUCUGGCUUUGUCAAUGGCGUUAAUGGCGGACUCGGCGAGCGUGGGAAUUCGGCCACAUUGGACAAGGUCGAUAAACUGCGCGAACUCAUCGGCAGCCGGAUUUCCCUUCCACAGCUUGUCGUCGUCGGUGACCAAAGCUCCGGCAAAAGCUCUGUCCUCGAGGGCAUCACUGGCUUCGCAUUCCCACGGGAUGCAGAGUUAUGCACUCGCUACGCAACUCAAAUUACCUGCCGCCGUGAAGAUUUUGAGUCUGUCACUGUGAACAUCGUCCCCCACGAGGAUACAAACCAGGAUGAGGUUGCCAGGCUCAAGCGCUUUUCUCGCACUUGGAACACAUCAGUGGAGAUGGAUAACGUGAAGCUCGGCGAAGUUUUCAGAGACGUUAAUCAAGAGCUUGGUAUUAGCUCAGGUCGGCGUGGUCCGGUCGAGCUCAAUCCUGGGAAUGCUUUCAGCCAACAUCUGCUGAAGGUCGAAAUCUCUAGUCCCAAUCAAGAGCAUUUUACCGUAAUCGACGUGCCUGGCAUAUUCCGCACAGAAACGCUUGGUGAGUCCACCCGUCGUAGUCAUCUAUCCCAAAAGCCUAAGCCUGAGCGAAAUCCUUCUGACUACCCGGCAUUCUGGGCAGGCCUAACUACUGAAAGCGACAUUGUCCUGGUUAGGAACAUGGUAAUGACCUAUAUGAAAGAUUUCAGAACCAUUAUCCUCGCCAUAGUUCCAGCCAAUGUCGACCCAGCAACCCAGGAGAUUUUGAGGCUAGCCAAGAAGGUUGACCCUAACAUGAAGAGGACCAUGGCCGUCUUGACCAAGCCAGACCUUGCGAUCGAAACUACCAUAAAGCAGAUUGCAAUUGACCACGUUAAAGGUAAAAGAGGUGAAUUGACAUUGGGCUACUACAUCGUCAAAAACCGUGGUCCAGACGACGCCGGCAUGACAUUGGAGGAAGGCCAAAGAAAAGAAACAGCUUUCUUCUCUGCGGAGCCAUGGUCGGACUUGAAGCGGACCGGCAAGACGGGAACCGAAGCGCUCAAAGCCCAAGUUCGCGCCCUUCUGGCCGAUCUGGUCAAAAACGAAUUUAAAAAGCUUAGGUCCGAAGUCGAAGAAGAGCUGCGGACGCUGUCAGAUAAGGAGCGUGCCAUGGGGCCCCCGAGAUCUGACUCCAACUCACAGCGAGCCUAUCUAGGUAGCUUGUGCGACCAAUUUCAGUCCAUCACUCGUGACGCACUGAAUGGCAACUACACACAGCAUGUCGAGUUUUUUAGCAAGGAGUCUCACAGGCUCAUCACUCGCAUUGUGGAGCUCGACGAGCAAUUUUCAGCUGGGAUAUGUGCAUACGGCCACACUCGAGCAUUCACCAAUAAGCAGAAUUCUGGGCCGAUUGUAUUGCCAAAGAAAAAGGGGAAGAAAGUUUUGGUCGAUGAGCCUGGGCGUCUCACGUCUGAGAGCAACAAUCCAAUUAAUCCUUCUAUCGAAUUAUCAAAGGUGUUUCCGAUCGUCAAUGAACUCUCUGCAUCAAACGACUGGAAUCCUCUAAAUAGCGCCUUCGGUGCAGUGGAAAACUCGUUCGAGAGUGACGAAAGCAUUAUGGAGUAUAUCCGCAAAGUUUACACCAACAGCCGGAGUGCUGAACUAGGCACGGCAAGCCAACACCUACCUUUCAACGGAUCGCUACUUGCAACUGUAUUCAUGGAGCAGUCCAAAAAUUGGCAAGCACUCACGAAAAUGUAUAUUUGGAUUGCCAGCCGUCUGGUUGAAAGCUUUCUCAAAGAUGCCAUCAAGGCAAUCUGCCCGGACUCCCAAGUCGAAGAAGAGCUGUGUGAAAUCUUCAUUCGUGAUCACGUUGGUAUUUCCUUUGCUAGUGCUGAAGAGCACGCAAAGCUCCUGCUGAAAAUGGAGCGUGGGUGCCCCCCAUGGACGUUGAACGAUUACUUCAACGACAACCUAUCAAAGAACCAAGGAAGCCGACUUGUUUCCAAUAUCAGAAAAGUCGCCGGCGUGGCAUCCGAAAGUUUGGGAGAAUGGCAUUCGGAAAAGAUCGCCCACACGCUUACCGAGGACCAACUCCAAAGCAUAGCAACUUACAAUCAGAGCAAUGCCGAAAAUAUGCAGGAAUAUAUUCACGACGUCCUCGAAAGCUACUACAAGGUUUCCAUGAAGCGCUUUAUUGACAACAUAUCCUUACACGUCGUACACCACGAUUUGCUUUACGCUGAAAGCGGUCCGUUGAAAGUUUUCAACUCCAAGUUCGUGCAUGGUCUAGGAGAGGCUCAAUUGGAGCAGAUCGCUGGUGAAAGCAGCCUUGUGAGGAUAGAGAGGGAGAGGCUCGCACAGGACAUCGCGAGCUUCAGGGCCGCAUUUGAUGUCCUCAAAGGCACAUCCGUUAAAGGCGGUUAA